CUGCCGCUGGUCAGUGGGUCUACCAACCCAUCCGCUGCUCGUUCUCAAGCUCUGUCAGUGAACGUUACCGGUAUACGAGAUGGCUACAGACGAGCAGAGCACUGUCCUUGGUGUCGUGAUACUUGCGCGCCAUGGUGAUCGAGAGGGGUUCUACCAGGACCCAGAGACGUACACCGCGUCCGCGACCUCAAUCACACCGCUUGGCGAGGAACAAGAGUUCCAGCUCGGCACGACGAUCCGCGACCUGUACUUCGACCCCGCCUCGCCCUCGUUCAUCCAGGGCAUCGCGAACGCCUCCGUGCUCUUCCAGCAGAGCCAGGUGCAGGUCCGCGCGGACGCGGGCGGCGAGGGCGGCGUUAUCUUCGACAGCGCGGUCGCGCUCACGCAGGGCCUGUGGCCCCCCACGCCGCUCCAGAGCACGCUGCUCGCGAACGGGACGAACGUGACGAGCCCGCUGAGCGGCUACCAGUACAUCCCCAUCGAGUCCGUGGAGCCGAACGAGGAUGUGUCGCUGGAGGGGUUCACGGACUGCAAUACGUUCGAUGACCACACGACGGCGUUCUACAACUCUGCUGCAUUCGCCGCCAUGAACGCGUCGGUUGCGCAGUUCCUUGAAAAACUCGGGCCGUACAUGGACGGACGCCCCGUGACUCUGGAGAACAUGUGGAAUAUAUUUGACUACAUGAAUGUGCAGUCGAUCCACAACGCGACGUUCGCCAAUGCUCUCCCAAAUGGGUUCCUUCCCAUGGCGCGCUACCUUGCAGACUGGCACGAGUACAACGUCUUCAGCGACACUUCGUUCAAUGGGAUCGGCAACAUCGCAUUCCGCACGAUGAUCCCGUCCGUAGUGACGGCCAUGCAGCGCAUCGCAAACGCGUCGGACCCGCUCAAGCUCCACUACUCCGCGAUCGCGUACAAGCCCUUCCUUAGCCUCUUCAACAUGACCGGCGUCGUCGCAGACGGCGCGCUCCCAGAGUCCAUCGUGAACUACGCCGCGUCCGUCGUGCUCGAAGUCCGCCAGCCCGCGUCCGGCUCCGGCUCCGCGCCCGUCAUCCGCUUCAUGUUCAAGAACGGCACCGACGACGCGUACCGCGCGUACCCCAUGCGCUUCCCCGGCUGGGACGGCACCGGGGCGAACGCGGGCGCGGACGUGCCCCUCGCGACGUUCGUCGGCGCGUUCGCCCCCGCGGGCGUCAACACGACGCUCGAGUGGUGCAACGUGUGCGGGCAGACGCAGGAGCGCGGGUGCGCGGCGCUCUUCGCGGGGAACGGCACUGGGGGCGUGGCGUUGGGCGGGCACCACGACCGGAUCUCGCCGGUGGGCGCGGGUUUUCUGGGCGCGGGGCUGGCGGUUGCGGUGUUUGGGCUGGCGGUGGCUGCGUUGGUGUUCUUGGGCUUGUUGACGGUUGGGAGGAGGGGGAAGGGGAGGAGCGGGAGGGUGAGCGGGCGCGCGGCGGAGAAGAAGGAUCAUGUGGAGUUGGGCUCUGCGGCGAACUCGAUCUCGAAGGAGUCGGCUUGAGGAGAUCAAAAGGGGAUAUUGGCGUACGAUACGAUGCGCCUGCGACGUGGCUGGCACUCGACGAAGAUGAAGACCCGUGUACGGCCUGUACAUCGUUUUGUAUGAUCUCGA